CCAUUCUCCGAAGAGCUGCUCCUUCUGCAAGGGAGCUGUUGUGGGCAGCCCAGCGGCUCUGAAGAGAAGCCUCCCCGUCACCCCUAGGAUUGCUCUGCCUGCCUGCUCCCCUUGCGGACGACGAUCCCUCUCCAUCAUGGGGGUCCUGUGAGCCCCAGGAGUCUGCUUGAGGCCUGGCUGCCAGUGCUGCCCUUCCCAGACCAUGUGGCGGUCAAUCCUCCAAUGCCCGCUCCUCUUCCCCUUUCUGCAAGUGCCUGACGCAGCUGCCGGCUGGGAGGUGCGCCUGGCCCUGUGGAUUCUCAGCUUCGCCUCCUCCGUGGUGCAGAUGGAGAGCCAGGUGUAUUCGCCCACUGUCAACACGCACUAUGGGAAGCUCCGUGGAGUGCGGGUGCCGCUGCCCAGCGAAAUCCUAGGCCCUGUGGACCAGUACCUGGGGGUGCCCUAUGCAGCGCCUCCCGUUGGGGAGAAGCGGUUCAUGCCCCCGGAGCCGCCAUCCUCCUGGUCAGGGAUACGGAACGCCACCCACUUCUCCCCAGUGUGUCCGCAGAACAUCCACACGGCUGUGCCCGAGAUCAUGCUGCCCAUCUGGUUCACCUCCAACCUGGAUUUUGUGGCCACCUACAUCCAAGAUCCAAAUGAGGACUGCCUGUAUCUCAACAUCUACAUCCCCACGGAGGAUGGCUCCAGCGCUAAGAAACAGGGCGAGGACUUAGCGGAUAAUGACGGGGAUGAAGAUGAAGACAUCCGAGACAGCGGAGCCAAGCCGGUCAUGGUGUACAUCCACGGUGGCUCAUACAUGGAAGGGACAGGCAACAUGAUUGACGGCAGUGUGCUGGCCAGCUAUGGCAACGUCAUCGUCAUCACCCUCAACUACCGUGUUGGAGUGCUCGGGUUUCUGAGUACUGGGGACCAGGCUGCCAAGGGCAAUUACGGGCUGCUUGACCAGAUCCAGGCGCUGCGUUGGAUCAGUGAAAACAUUGUCUUCUUUGGUGGUGACCCCUUGCGUAUCACGGUCUUUGGCUCAGGCAUUGGCGCCUCCUGUGUUAGCCUGCUCACCCUAUCACAUCACUCUGAAGGCCUUUUCCAGCGAGCCAUUAUUCAGAGCGGCUCAGCACUGUCCAGCUGGGCCGUGAACUACCAACCUGUCAAAUACACCAGCAUGUUGGCCGACAAGGUGGGCUGCAACGUCCUGGACACGGUGGACAUGGUGGACUGCUUGCGGAAGAAGAGCGCCAAGGAACUCGUGGAGCAGGACAUCCAGCCAGCGCGCUACCAUGUGGCCUUUGGGCCCGUCAUCGAUGGGGACGUCAUCCCCGACGACCCAGAGAUCCUGAUGGAGCAAGGCGAGUUUCUCAACUAUGACAUCAUGCUGGGUGUUAACCAGGGCGAGGGCCUCAAGUUUGUGGAGUCAGUCGUAGACCAAGAGAACGGGGUCUCAGGCAGCGAUUUUGACUACUCCGUUUCCAACUUUGUGGACAACCUGUAUGGCUACCCUGAGGGCAAAGACACUCUGCGCGAAACCAUCAAGUUCAUGUACACUGACUGGGCUGACCGGGACAACCCCGAGACACGCCGCAAGACACUGGUGGCUCUCUUCACUGACCACCAGUGGGUGGAACCAUCAGUGGUGACUGCUGAUCUCCAUGCCCGCUAUGGCUCCCCCACUUACUUCUACGCCUUUUAUCACCACUGCCAGAGCAUCAUGAAGCCGGCCUGGUCUGAUGCUGCCCAUGGGGAUGAGGUGCCUUACGUCUUUGGGAUUCCCAUGAUUGGCCCCACCGACCUCUUCCCCUGCAACUUCUCCAAGAAUGACGUCAUGCUGAGUGCCGUGGUCAUGACCUACUGGACUAACUUUGCCAAGACGGGGGACCCAAACAAGCCAGUGCCCCAAGACACCAAAUUCAUCCAUACAAAGGCCAACCGCUUUGAAGAGGUGGCUUGGUCCAAAUAUAAUCCCCGUGACCAGCUCUACUUGCACAUUGGCCUCAAGCCACGAGUGCGUGACCACUACCGGGCCACCAAGGUCGCCUUCUGGAAACACCUGGUCCCACACUUGUACAACCUGCACGACAUGUUCCAUUACACAUCGACCACCACCAAGGUGCCGCCGCCCGACACCACCCAGAACUCGCACAUCACGCGUCGGCCCAAUGGCAAGACUUGGAGCACCAAGCGGCCGGCCAUCUCCACCGCCUACACCAGUGAGGGUUCCCAGGAGAAGUGGAAUCCGGAGCAGGACGGGGCAGGCACGCUGCUGGUCGAGAACCCCCGUGACUAUUCCACCGAGCUGAGCGUCACCAUCGCGGUGGGGGCCUCGCUUCUCUUCCUCAACGUUCUGGCCUUUGCCGCGCUCUACUACCGCAAGGACAAACGGCGACAGGACACCCACCGCCAGCCCAGCCCACAGCGCGCCACCACCAAUAAUGACAUUGGCCACACGCCGGAGGAGGAGAUGCCCUCGCUGCAGGCUAACCAGACUCACCACGGGGACUGUGAGGCCGUGCCACCCCACGAUGCCCUCCGUCUCACCGCCUUGCCGGACUACACGCUCACUCUACGCCGUUCUCCGGACGACAUCCCGCUCAUGACGCCCAACACGAUCACCAUGAUCCCCAACUCCCUGGUGGGCCUGCAGACCCUGCACCCUUACAACACCUUUGCUGCCAGCUUCAGCAAUACGGGGCUCCCACACUCACACUCCACAACGCGGGUAUAGCCGCCCAAGUGCCCCGCACUCCCAUGCACAUCCCCCACGCUCACUGGACCUGGCGUGGCGGGGGGCGGACAUGGCCAGCUCCUCCGGCUCGCUCUUUGGGGAUUUCAUUUGUAUCAAGUGCUUUGACUCUCCUCGUGCCCAGCAGGGGCAGCGGGACCCAUCCUGGCCCAAUGGAGGACAGCCCAGCAAGGGCGAGAGUCACCCCACCCUUGGCUCCUGAGUCCAGCCACACACCCUGCACAGAAGGAGAUCCGGAGCCUUUGGGGCUUUCUGUCCUG